AUGGACUCACUUGAAGGCUUCAGCGGCCCAGGCCACAUUGUUGCAGAUGUCAACUACUUCCCAGCUCUGGGCACACCAAUACCUACAUCUGCAUGGAAGAAGCGGUAUUUGGGGGUUGGUGAUGAGCACACGCGGCCCAUGAUUGUUCGAGAUGUCCGUCAUGCGCAGCGAACAUUCGACUUAGACACCCAUGGCUUCAGAUUUGUCAAGCUUCCGUCUCUACAAAGAGUCGACAGUUCCAGUGCCGAAGAGACUAUACGUCAGGAAUACUACCCAGAGUUAGAGGCGCUGGCAAAAUGCCUGACAGGCGCCUCCUCAGCCUUUGUCUUCAAUCACGUAGUCCGAGCACACUCCUCACCCUCUGACAAAGGCAAGCUAGACGCUUACGGUCGUUGGCAAGACAUACCUGCUGGCCAUCCUCACGUCGACUACUGCGGCGACCCUACGUUCCUGGAAGGCACCAAGCAGGAACUCAACCUACCAUCUCACAUCUCCUCGCUCUAUGCCACAUGCUCACGUUACGCAUACCUCGGUGCCUGGCGCCCUCUCAAGACCCUCCGCAAGGACCCCCUGGCCGUCUGCGAUGCCACAAGUGUGCCAGACACCGACUACCAGCCUCGACUCAGGGAAUUUAGGAGCGGCGUGAAGUCAGGAAACUAUGUCAUGAGCCACGCAAAAGAAGAGCAGCAACAUCGGUGGUACUAUAUGUCUGAGAUGGGACCAGAUGAGAUUGUAGUCUUCAAAGGGUACGACACUGACCAGAGCAAGUCAGGCUGGCGGUGUCCACAUACAGCGUGCACACUGCCUGGCUCCGAUCACGAGCCGCCGAGGGAGAGCAUUGAGGCACGCAUUGUAUGCUUUUGGGAGUAAUUGAAGCAGUAUACAAGGU